AUGGUUUCCUUCACUACCGUCUCCGCAGUCACCGUCGCCGCCUUCGUGGCCCUGAUCGAACCCACCUUCGGUGCCGCCGUCGCUGCCAGAGCAGGAGCUUCACUCGUCGGCAGUGCAGUUGCUUCAAGCGGCAACCAUAAAGCCCGAGACCAGAUCCCCAACCAGCAGAUUCAAUCCGGCUUUUCGGACUGCGUCAACCAACUCCACCAGGUCCCACCUACUAUGGUCUACAACCCCGACCAGUCGGUCGUUAUGGGCAACCUUCCCCCCGUCUGUAUCAACGAGGUCUACGCCUGGAACAACCAAUCCAACAUCGCCCAGAUGGAGGCCAUGGAGGGAGUCACUACCGUCAUCAACAGCACGGCCAUCCACCUGGACAAGCUACCAAGCGAGCUGCACCAGAUGCUGGAGGGCGUCUUGGGCAAGCCAAAUGCUGCCCCAGCUGCCCCAGCCGGAAACGGGAACUAG